GCGGCACACGUGCUCUGCAUCCAACUAGCCAGUUGAAAGUCGAGUGGCCACGCAGCCAGUCCAUCGACCUCUCCCCACCCAACCCACUUGGUUCGAUCAGGUACCUCUAGGUAUCUUCUUGACUACAUCACAAUCAACCAGUCAAUCCAAUUGGGCGAUCCAACCGACAUGGCUCCCAAACAAGAUGACCCCCUGACCUUCACCGAAGUCGACGAGGUUGGCCAUCCAACAGCCACAUACAUCUAUUCCAAAUCAAACAAUGGACGAUCGACAACAGGACGGAUUGAUGUACUGCAUCCUCCCUACUCAACCUCUUUGUCAUGGUCAAUCGCUGCACUCCGGAACCUCCUCGUUGAGGUUUUUCUGCCUGCUGGGUACCCGCAUAGUGUUAGUGAGGACUAUGUUCCAUAUCAACUAUUUGACUCUCUCCAAGCAUUUUGCAGCUCAAUAGCCGGCCUCCUGUCUUCAAGAGCAGUGUUACAAGGCGUCGGAGUCGGCAAUGCCAGCGCAUCGCCCACGUCGGCCUUACUCCUCCACAUCCUGCAAGACACCUCCGGCCGGAUCGCCACGAUUCUCUUCGCGCACCGCGUGGGCACCGCGCUGGAGCCAGAAUGCAAGAUGUACCGGCUGGCGGCCGACGUGUUCAACGACUUCGCUAUGAUCCUGGACUGUCUGUCGCCGAUGAUCCCUUCUGGCAGUUGCCGUGUAGGUGUGCUCAGUACGGCGGGGGUGCUGCGCGCUCUCUGCGGAGUAUCCGGGGGGAGCUCAAAAGCCAGUUUGAGUGCGCAUUUUGCAAAAUGGGGGAAUCUCGCCGAGGUCAAUGCCAAAGACUCGUCUCAAGAGACUGUCAUCUCACUGAUUGGAAUGCUCGUCGGGUCCCUUGUGGUAUCGCAUAUCACCAGCUACACCGCAACAUGGAUCUCCCUGAUCACGCUCCUGACGGUGCACCUGGGCAUGAACUACGCCGCCGUACGCGCCGUCCAAAUGACGAGUCUGAAUAGACAGCGAGCAAACAUUGUGUUCUCCACCUUGCUUAACUCCGACUUCGGUCAACCCCAUUCUGCAGCUCCAGACACAACUGCAGACACAACCCCAGCAAACCACCCCCCGCAUUGGCACAUCUGCACACCCGCGCAAGCCGCCAAGCAAGAACGGAUCUUCUCACGGGGCAGUAUCCUCAAAUGGACCACAGCCCAAACGGUCUCAACCGUCGGAACGUGCCAAAUCGGCCUAUCACUCCACCAAUUCAUCACUUCCCAUUCUGAACACAGCUACAGUGUAGCAACAAAGAGCACAGGCACCACCUCGCUCAAAACACCCCUUCCCCUCCCACAGCUCACGAAACUCUUCACGCACGAACCCUACCUUCUCUUCUUGAGCCGCAGCACGAAAUCCAAAUCCACCUGGCACGCUACCAUCCUCCUCCAACCAACAAGCACCACCAAAGACCAGCUCAAAGCAUGGAUGCAUGCUCUUCUUUGUGCACGGUUACUUUCUACCUCUCCUUACCCUUUCCCUUCUACAUCUACCUCCACCUCCACCUCCAAACCGUCCCACCCCAACCCCACCACCACCACCAACAACAACACAAAAGAAACAGCCCCAGACCCAGAAACAGCAACAACCCUCAACACACUACUCCACACCCUGCACUUCCUAAACACAGCAUCCCGCUUCGAGAACUACCUAUCAGCGUUAGCAGCCGCAGGAUGGGAUCUGGACGUCGCGGCGCUAGAAACUCAAUCCGGUCGGCGGGUUUCAUUUCCCCGAUCUCUUCCCUCUACUCCUACUUCUUAGGGUUAGUUGUGUGUUAGUUGGGGUGAGUUGUGGGUUAUUGUGGCUGAGUUGUGGCGGAGGGGAGAGAUGAUGAGGGGAGACAAGUUUGACAUUGGGGUGAG